UAUCAUUUUCGAUUGUGUUAACGAAGAGAGUGGAUGUGCAAAUUGUGGAUUGUUGUAUUUCUAUGGCUUGUGCUUUGGGUUUACUUUUAAUUUUCGUGCGGGAUCUACUGUUAACAAAUUUUCCUUAAUAAUGAAAUAAUGAAUCAUUUAUUCUGCUAAUAAAAUACAAAAGACACACGUUUGAAGUUUUCAUCACCAAAAUAUCUGAAGAUUAUUGGUAUGGGAAUUAAAUAUAAACUUUUAAAGAAGUAGUAUGUAUGUGACAAUUUAAUGCACACUGGCCAUCGACACAUUAAUGUUUGGUCGCUUUCGCCAAUGCUACAGCACUUGGCGUUAGCGUUGACGUUGAAGAUGGCACCGCCGUCGACGUCGUCGAGUAAUAUACAAAUGUGUACGUUUGUUGCAGCGGGAGCGUUGCAAAAGUGGAUGUAGCAAAAUUUGGAAAUGAUAAAAGCUAUGAACACGCCUGUGUGUAUGUUUAUAUAUUUUAUUAUGCAUACUCAUAUGUGUACGCGUACAUCGUUUUAGUACAAAUAUAUAACAAUAAAAAAGUGAAACAAAAAUUACAUACAUACAAGUAUGUACAUAUGUAUAUUAUGUGUAUUGUUAACUUAACCAAAUCGAUACUAUUUCAUUGGUUAAAAUAAGUGGUUGUUAACAAAGUUAUAUACAAAAUGUGAAUUGUGAGUUUUAGCGUCUUCAGAAUACUCCAAAACGUGCUCUUCAAAGUCAAAUCCGUGCAUUUAUCGAUCGAAAUCUAUCAUUGACCUAAUACUGCUUUUGAUUAUUCCAAAUGUCGCCGGUGCAUCCUAUAUUUCUAAUAAUACCCAGGUACAUAUGCAGCUCUAUACAUACUAUGUACAUUGGAAUAUAAAAUGUAAAAUAAUUAGCGUCCAAUGAUCUUUUCAAUGCAAAAUGUUGUUUAUUCGCUCAAAACGCAUGGUCUCGAUGAACAAUUCGUAGAUAAAUAAAGAAUUCUCAGUGAGUUCAAAUAAUGCCAAAGAGGGAAAUACAUUAAAGAAAGUGAUUGUCGGUUUCGAGGCUAAUGCGCAUGGAGGACAAAUGGCAGCGUUCUCAGGUUUUCUGUUCAAUUUAUCUGCAUCAUACUGACUUCUUCCAUUACCGCCAAUAACAGUUGAUUACUAUUAAAAACAUUCAAAGAUGCCUGGACUUGUUGUUUUCCGACGCCGUUGGUCGGUGGGCUCAGACGAUCUCGUAGUACCUGGAGCUUUUUUGUUAACUACACAUCUUAUAUGCUUUGUAAUUGUGCUUAUAUCACUAUUGAUACUGGAGUAUGACCUUUCAAUUUUAAACGUGAAGCUACUAUUCUAUCUUCAGAUAUGCUAUUUGGCAAUAUUACUUGGUUCAGUUUGCGUUGAGGCAGGCAUCUGCAUUAUAUCUAUGCGAGGUAGUAUAUUGGACUCUGCCGCACGAACAACGAUAAAUUUUUGGAUAUAUUUAAAAAGCAUGGUGAUAUUUUUUGAUAUUACAUGGUUAGUGUUAAGUACAAUGUGGUUAACAAACUGUUACUUUGACGCACCCAUCGAUGAGGCCAAGCAAUUUUUCAUGGCCAUAGUAAUUUGCAACUGGGCAUUGGUGUUCAUAACUCUCAUUACCAUUUGGUGUACAUUCGAUGCUGCAGGACGUUCUUGGGUCAAAAUGAAAAAGUAUCAAAGGUCAAUGAGAGAGACUGAAUCUCGCUUCAAUUACAAGCGUAGUGGCAGUAUGAAUCGCAAUUGGCGUCAAAGAAAAGUGAUGCGCGCUUAUCAAGACAGUUGGGACCAUCGAUGCCGAUUGUUAUUUUGCUGUAUGGGUGGAACAGAUCGUAAUCGAAACUCCUUUACGGAUAUAGCGCGAUUACUGAGUGAUUUUUUUCGAGAACUUGAUGUGGUGCCCUCAGAUGUUGUUGCAGGUUUAGUGCUAUUACGAAAAUUUCAAAAGAUAGAACGAGAAGCUGUUGUGCGGCAGAGAAAAAAUGGCACAUACGAGUUUUUGAGUGGCGUUCCUAUCACUGACCGCACUCAGUUUCUAGCUUUGAAUGAUGCAAAAAACUACGAUUUCUUCCAAACAGUUAUACACUAUAUGUAUUUUGCUCAGGGUGCUUACGGCUGGCCAAUGUAUUUUAUAAUAAACCGAUCGAAAAUGUACAAUUUGUUGCCUGAAUUAAAAUGCUUUACAUGUUGUUGCCGUCCCCAAACUGAAACACCAUUUGUUAUAGAAGAUAACUGUUGUUUUUGUAAUUAUGCCGCCCUAAAGAAAACUCUUCAAGUUGGUGAUGUAGAAAUCAUUUACGCCACGUAUCACGUUGAUGUCGGUGAGACCCCGUUCUUUGUGGCUGUAGAUUACACUCAGAAGAAAAUUGUUGUCAGCAUACGUGGCACUUUAAGUAUGAAAGAUAUACUCACCGAUUUAAACGCUGAUGGGGAGGUAUUGCCGCUCUCCCCACCGCGCGAUGAUUGGCUUGGUCACAAAGGCAUGGUGCAGGCAGCUAUCUACAUUAAAAAUAAAUUAGAGGAAGAAGGAUUGAUCGAGCGGGCGCUAAGUCAUAAUCGUGAUAGGGAAACAAGUUCAUUUGGCUUAGUCUUAGUAGGCCAUUCUUUGGGUGCCGGAACUGCUGCUAUUUUAGCCAUACUAAUGAAGGCUGACUAUCCGUCAUUACAGUGUUUCAGCUACUCACCACCAGGCGGUCUACUAAGCAUGCCAGCGGUAGAAUAUACCAAGUCGUUCAUCACAUCCAUUGUGUUGGGGAAAGAUGUCGUACCUCGCAUUGGAUUACACCAAAUGGAAGCUUUGCGUGCGGACUUAAUUAAUGCAAUCCAGAGAAGUGUUGAUCCCAAAUGGAAAACAAUAUCAUGUUCAGUCAUUUGCUGUGGAUGUGGACCUGAGCCAACAUCAGUUGUUGAGAUGUCCGGCAAAGACACUCAUAUUAAUCAAUAUCAAGAACAAAGAGACUCAGCACGUUCCACAAGUGCACAUCCUACCGAUAGUUCCAUUGCCUUGACAUUACAUCAGCCACUAUACCCUCCUGGGCGAAUAAUUCACAUAGUACGUCAUCAUCCCAAGCCAGAAGAGCAAAAGUACGACAGCGGUUGGAGAAGUGUUCUAAAGAGCCAUGAACCGGUCUAUCAGGCGAUUUGGGCCGAUACGUACGAUUUCGACGAAGUGCUCAUUUCACCCGUUAUGCUGCAGGAUCACAUGCCCGAUAAAGUACUUUCGGCGCUAAAAAAGGUUGUGUCUGCAAGUGGACCAAGGAAGCCGCAACGUCAGACGUCAAAUGCAUUCUCUACAUUAUCCAACGACUUUAACCAUUAUGACUUUGAUGUUGAACGCAUAACUCCUCUUGGUUCCAUAGAUCCAAUCAGCGUUUUAAAACCUGAGGGUAGCCUAAACCGCCUUUCGCAUAACUCAUAUCCUAAUAUAAGUUCUAUUAAUGUAACACCAGCAACACACCGUAAAAUCUGCCACGAAACAUCUUUUGCCAAUUUGCAAAUUCCAUUUGACAUCACCACGUUUAGUGGAUUAAAUUCAAGUAAAACUUCAUCGAUUGCUGGUAGCAUUUUAGGACGAAGUCAGUUAAGCUCGGCCUUAUACGAUAUAUCAGUUGAUGAGAGCAUAACAACAGUAACGCGCCGAAGUCCCUCCGUACCGAGCGAAACUGCUACGGUGAUUAUAAAUGAUCGUGAUCCAUUGCCCAUUCAACGCUUAAAGACUGUAGCUUUCGAUAUUGAUGCGGAUUCUGUGGCCAUAGGGAAAUACAUGCCAAUAUCACACGUCUCCAAAGAUGCUUUAUAUCGUCAAUACUCGGUUCGUGCCGAGAAACGGAAGCGUAAUUUACCCAUAACAGCAUUACGAAGAGCUUCGGAUGUGUCACGACCAAUAGAUUCAUUGCACGAUGAUUCGCUGGGCUUGGCACCUUUAGCUAGUCCUGAAACGUUAUCUGAAAUUUCCAGUAUAUCAUCCCGCACGAGUGCUCCUAUUAGCUUAGCUAAUAGUAUAGAACUUUAUUUUCAUAAUUUGAAUCUGGCCGCUGAUAAUACGAAUGGACGAGCCGUGCUUGAGGGCAUAUUUGAGUCGCAAUUGCAUACACCAAAGAUAAUGAGACGAGCUCCGAAAUUCAGUGAGAAUCUUUCUAAUUGUGCCGAGGACAGUCGCAAUGUCGAUCAAUACAAACGUAUGGGCCGAGUGUUUGUAACAUUACCGCCAAUAUUUGAUGGCGUUCAUAGCAACAAUAACAAUCAAAAGUCAAGUUUUGACUCAAGCGAUGAUAGUUAUGAAUCAGUGCAAAGUCUCAGCCGAUUUCCUUCCAAACAUGACUCCAGCAUAGAGCAUAACUCAAUUGGAUGUAAUGUGCUCCAACCAAAACAGAGCUCAAAAUCACUAGAUCCAUUAGAUAGUGUUGCAAUAGAACAAAAACCAACUGAGCGAAAUACAAAAAAGUUAACAUUUAGUGACAGUGAAAUUUUGAAUGAAGCUGAGGUGACUGAAGUUAAAGAUAAUCACUCCCUGCUCUUUGAACACAAACGAUCCUUAAUGGGUGAUAUAGAUAAGCAUACAAACUGUGGAUCGGCUGAUACGACUUUUUAUAGUGCUAGUUCUUCUAUCGAACAAUUUUCAACACCUGGUAAAUUGAUGUACUGUAGUAAUUCUAGCGGUAAUGGUAUCUCAGAGUGCCAAAGUGUCCCUGAAGAAAUAAUCAUCAUAAGGCCGGGUGUUCUAGAGUCACAUUUUCCAGUACUCGAAUCUGUUUCAUACCUGGCUGACCUCAACUCUGCCGAAACUAUUGAUGACUCUAAUAUUCCUAGGUGUUCCACAAGUAUUAAUGUUCCUACAAAACAAAAAAAGCAUGAAACGGUUGGUGGUCGCAUUCGAAAACGACUGUCUUCUGAGGAUUUUAUAUUUACACGCACUGAGGAUUUUCCGCUGGUUUCACAAUUGGGAGAGAAGUCGAACAAACGUAAAGCAGCAGUCUACCCUGUGGGUUCGAAUUGCAGUGUUUCGAAAACGAAGCCACCAACUUGUUCCAAUAUUCAGAUUAUAAAUGCGACAACAGAAACAUCCACUGUAACCAAAUCUUCAUCAAAUUCGCAGUUACAAAGGAAAACCAACUAUCUGAAUUCUCAAUACUCUUCGAAUCCCCCUAAUGAAAGUCCUAAUAUAAUGCUUCCAAUAAAAUAUAGUGAAGAAAGUAAUGUCUGAAGUCUGUAACAAGUACCAAAGUUAUUAGUAUAGUAUUAAGUUUGCAUAUGUAUGUAGAGUAUUUAUUGAGUUCACUUGCACGUGUUAUACUGUUUACAUGCCAGCAUCUUGUACAAAAGACUUCCAAAGGAAAUUACGUAUUUUCCAUUUGCAGCGAAGAAUUUGUCUAAUCUCGGUGAAUUCAAGAAUCAUCAACAUUUGUGCAUUGUAAAGAACGAAGUGCAAUAUAAACCAUCUAUACAACUGUGAUCACAAUUAAUAUAAAUUGUUUUAUUGUAAAAUUCGAUGUGUUGUAGUAUUUGAAGUUAGAACCUUCUAUUGAUGAAUAAAAUAUCCUCAAGAAGUGGGUUAAAGACAUUUUGAUAUUGAUAAAAAAAUAUGUUUUAGUCUUUGUAUCUUCUAAUGGUAUGUAACUGGUAUGUUACGCAAAUUACACGAAAAUUUAUAAAUGGGUUUGGUUAAUGUUUUCUUGUUCGUCUAAGCGGAAUCACACAGUAAAAGCUAAAAUUUUUGCCCCUAUUGCGGUUUUCAACCCGACUUGGUCGAAUUGAAAUUAAGGCAACUCAACUUCAGAUCAACCAAACUCUUUUUCGGUAUUGCGAACUUCAACUAAGUUCAGUCGAAGUAUGAUUGGCGUUGCCAACCUAAGAAAGGGAAAUUUGAAAGAUAGUGAAACAGCUAAAAUUUUGUAAACGACAUAUUUAAAAAUUGAAUUCAGUUGUCGCUCGCGAAAAAGUGAAUAAACAUAUAUAAUAAACAAUAAAUAAAAAAUGGAUAUAAGUUUUGAUUUAUAUUACAAUGACGAAAUUACUGGGGGCAUAAUUGAUGUGCUCGUAUACGAAAAAGCCUUCGUGAUCACUCAAAUCCAUUGGAGCUUCCAAAUGCAAAAUUCAUAAGUUAUUUUCGAUUAAAUAAAGAAGCAUUUUGUUUUUUACUGAAUGAGAUGAAGGAACAUUUCCACAAACGUGUGCGAGGAACGCCCAAUGGAUUAAAAUUCAAAUGACUGAGGAGUAGCAAAACGAUUCAAAAGUUUCAUUUUAUUCAAAAAGUGCUUUCCCGAGAGUAGUUGGUUGCAUUGACGGGACUCAUGUUCGCAUAAUUUCACCAAGAAAAGUAGUGAAACAUCUUUGUCUUAACAGAAAGGGCUACUACAGUUUAAACGUGAUGAUUGUAUGUAUAAAAUCUGAGUUAUAUUAGAAACAAAAUGGUACAAAAGGUACACUCAAAGGCCCGGAAUAUUGUAGAGCGGACAAUUGGUAUACUCAAUGCUUGUUGCGCAUUGCACAAUAUUUGCCAACACUUUCAAGUGGAAUCUCCGGAAGAAAUACCAUCUACUUCAAAUACUACAAUGACCAAUGAUGUUUUGGACAAAGAAAGGGAAGAAGAGGAUACGGCUCGAAUAAUUCGCAAUAAUAUUAUGACUUCCCUCUAAAUAAUUAAAAUAUUAAAUUUUAUUUAUUAUUUGUAAUGUGCUAUUUAUUCAGGCAUAUAUUUAUGUAAAUAAAUUCAUUAAAUAACAA